AUGAUGUUAUCAGCGACGACGCCGAUAGGGACGGUUAGGAGCUCGUUGGAGGAGAUGCUGGACUCGCUCCGGCGCCGGGAUGAGGCUGAGAAGCCAAAGGACCUCCCGCCGGCGCUGCCAGCGCGGCCCACGUCCAGGGGGCGGCUGCCCUCUGCACGACGCUCACUUCCAACAGACUUCAAGGUUUGUGGGAAUGAUGAUGGAAAAGGUGGCGGGAAUGGCGGAGUGACCAAUGAGGUUAAAGGGAAGGAGGAGGGGAAAAGGAAGGAGAAGGAGUUAGGGUCGAAAACAGGGAGCUUUGGGAGCAAGAAGAUGAAGAAAGAGCGGAAUGUGGAUUCUUCACCUUAUGUGGUGGAGGAAGGGAAGAAUCCGCAAUUACAGGGUUUGGAAGCUUCAAAUUGCAUGUCCGAGGCAGGUUCCACGCAAAAAAUGAAAGAGCCAGAGUGGGAUGAUAACAUCGGUUACUUUAUCAAGAAGAAACUCCGUGUUUGGUGCUGGCUCCCCAAUGAGCGGUGGGAGAUGGGUGUCAUACAAUCAACUUCAGGGGAGGAAGCAUUCGUUAUACUUUCAAAUGGAAUUGCUGUCAAAGUGGCCACAGGAGAACUUUUGCCAGCCAACCCAGAUAUCCUAGAGGGUGUGAAUGAUCUCAUACAACUUAGCUAUUUGAAUGAGCCAUCAGUUCUUCACAACCUCCACUUCAGAUAUUCUCAGGAGAUGAUUUAUAGUAAAGCGGGACCACUGCUGAUUGCUGUCAAUCCUUUCAAAGAUGUCAAUAUAUAUGGACAUGCUUUUGUCACAGCUUACCGACAUAAAGUUAUGGACAACCCUCAUGUCUAUGCCAUAGCAGAUACUGCUUAUAAUGAGAUGAUGAGAGAUGAAGUAAACCAAUCCAUAAUUAUCAGUGGGGAAAGUGGUGCUGGCAAGACAGAGACUGCAAAAUUUGCAAUGCAGUACUUGGCUGCCCUAGGUGGUGGCAGUGGCGGAAUUGAGUAUGAAAUCCUUCAGACAAAUUGUAUACUUGAAGCAUUUGGGAAUGCAAAGACAUCCAGGAAUGAUAACUCAAGCCGAUUUGGGAAGUUGAUUGAAAUUCAUUUUAGCACAUCGGGGAAGAUAUGUGGCGCUAAGAUCCAAACUUUUCUCUUAGAGAAGUCGAGAGUAGUUCAGCUGGCCGCUGGUGAAAGAUCAUACCAUAUAUUUUAUCAAAUUUGUGCUGGUGCUUCAUCAAGUCUUAGAGAGAGGCUGAACCUUAAAUGGGUGAGUGAUUACCACUAUCUUAACCAGAGUGAAUGCUUGACCAUUGAUGGUGUUGAUGAUGCCCAGAGAUUCUGUAAGCUUAUGGAAGCUUUAGACAUAAUUCAAAUCUGCAAAGAAGAUCAAGAGCAGGUAUUUGCAAUGCUUACUGCAGUGUUAUGGCUGGGAAACAUAUCAUUUCAAGUAAUUGACAAUGAAAAUCAUGUACAAGUGUUGGCUGAUGAAGCUGUAAAUAUUGCUGCCAGGCUUUUGGGUUGCAGCAUGCAGGAGUUGAUGCUGGCUUUAUCUACACAUAAAAUCCAAGCUGGCAAGGAUAUCAUUACUAAAAAGUUGACACUGCAGCAGGCAAUUGAUGUGAGAGAUGCACUUGCAAAGUUCAUUUAUGCAAGCUUAUUUGACUGGCUUGUGGGACAAAUCAACAUGUCGCUUGAAGUGGGCAAACAGCGUAGUGGGAGAUCCAUAAGUAUCCUUGAUAUUUAUGGGUUUGAGUCAUUUAAGAAGAAUAGCUUUGAACAAUUUUGCAUCAAUUAUGCAAAUGAAAGGCUGCAGCAACAUUUCAAUCGACAUCUUUUCAAACUUGAGCAGGAGGAAUAUGAGCUGAAUGGGGUUGAUUGGACUAAAGUUGAUUUUGAGGACAACCAAGAAUGCUUGAAUCUCAUUGAAAAGAAGCCUAUAGGGCUGCUUUCUUUGUUGGACGAGGAAUCAAAUUUCCCAAAGGCUACUGAUUUGACUUUUGCCAAUAAGCUUAAGCAGCACUUAAGUACUAAUCCUUGCUUUAAAGGAGACAGAGGCAGGGCAUUUGGGGUUCAUCACUAUGCCGGAGAGGUACAAUAUGAUACAAAUGGCUUUCUGGAAAAGAAUCGAGAUCUAUUGCACUCUGAUUUCAUUCCAAUCCUAUCAUCAUGCAGUUGCCAAUUACCACGAUUGUUUGCGUCCAAACUGCCUCACAACUCCCAGAAAAUGUCAAACCCUUCUUGUCAGUUAGGUUCUCUGGACUCCCCAAUGCAAAGUGUUGGAACAAAGUUCAAGGGUCAGCUUUUUAAAUUAAUGCAUCAGUUGGAGAACACCACACCUCAUUUCAUUCGCUGUAUAAAACCCAAUAAUAAGCAGCUUCCUGGCAUAUAUGAAGACGACCUUGUCUUCCAACAGCUCAAGUGUUGUGGAGUUUUGGAGGUUGUUAGGAUCUCGAGAUCUGGAUAUCCUACUCGAGUGACGCAUCAAGCGUUUGCUGAAAGGUAUGGUUUUCUACUUUUGGAGACAAACGUUCCUCAAGAUCCAUUGAGUGUAUCAGUCGCUAUUCUACAGCAGUUUAACGUCCUCCCCGAAAUGUAUCACGUUGGUUAUACCAAAUUGUUUCUUCGUACAGGGCAGAUUGGUGCCUUUGAGGAAAGGAGAAAACAAGUCCUAAGAGGUGUAGUAGGAGUUCAGAAACAUUUUCGUGGUUGCAAGGAUCGUCACUACUUUCAUGAACUCAGGAAAGGAGUUGUUGCUUUACAAUCAUUUAUACGGGGUGAAAAUAGUAGAAGGAAUUAUGAUAUUACAUCAAGGAGGUGCACCACUGAUUCUCUUCAGACACUUGAUGAGAUGCUGAUGGCAGCCGUUCAUUUACAAUCCGUAAUUCGUGGAUGGUUGGCGCGGAAGCAUUUCAGAGAUAUGAGAAACUUUAAAAAAUCAAAUCAUGAGUUUACAAAAACCAAGCGGAAGCAGAACAAGAAGAAUUCUGACGUGAAGGAUGUUUCACAAGAGGAGGUUCAGGUAUUACCUUCGACUCUGGCAGAGUUUCAAAGGCGGGUUCUCAAGGCCGAAGCAACUCUUGGGCAAAAGGAAGAGGAAAAUGCAGCUCUAAGAGAGCAAUUACAACAGUUUGAGACUAGGUGGUCAGAAUAUGAGGCAAAGAUGAAAAGAAUGGAGGAAAUGUGGCAAAAGCAGAUGUCAUCUUUGCAAAUGAGCCUUGCUGCAGCCAGAAAAAGUCUUUCUGCUGACAACACUGCUUGUCAACCUGGAAGACAUGAUACUUCUACCUCUCCUCACUGUUAUGAUUCAGAGGAAAUGAUGUCCCCCGGAUCUCGAACUCCAGGUGGAAGCACACCCAUCAAAUUUUCUACCGCCACCCUUGAGGUUGGAGCCGGCAGAGAGACAAAUGGAAAUUUCAGUGUGAUGGGCAAUCUUGUCAAGGAAUUUGAGCAGCGGAGGCAGACUUUCGACGAUGAUGCAAAAGCUCUCAUCGAGGUCAGAACGACACAAUCUGGUUCUCAUAUGACUCCUGAUGAAGAGCUACGAAAGUUGAAAUUCAGAUUUGAAACAUGGAAGAAAGAGUACAAGGUUAGAUUACGGGAAACCAAGGCAAGGCUUCAUAAAAUGGGGCAUGCAGAUGCUGACAAAAGUCGUCGAAAAUGGUGGGGGAAGAAAAGCUCCAGAGCAUGUUAGCCAUUCAUUUCUUUGCUAAUCAUACCCUUGGUAUGGAAAAGAGAGGUAAUACAGAAGAAUAAAUUCUCUAAUUGCUGCCCAGAGAUAUUCAGGAGUGCUCAUCUCUGUCCUGUCUAUGCCUAGAACGGUAGAGAAUUCCACACAGCGACAUGGUUAAGGCAGAAAUUGAGUUGUGUACCUACAGUUCUUGUUUCUUGGUACUCCUGAACAUGUGCAUAGCCAUAUAGGAACUUGCUGAGCGGCUCCUCUCUCUUUGUCAAAUAGUUUAUAUUAUGUUCCCAUUAGUGUUUGUCUAGCUUUCUAGGGCCAGUUAUGGAAUAUAUGAACAUCAAACAAUGACCGUGUUCUUUUCAAGCACUAAAUGAAAAUUCUGGCCUAUUUAUUGCUGUA